AUGAAGGUCCUGUUCGUGAUGCUCCUGGCGCGGGUAGCGACAGGGAGCCCCAUGCCCACCUUGGAUGACCCAUGUCCUGCACAGGACCCCCAUGUCCACCUUGCAGGACCCAUGUCCACCCGUGGGAUCCUCAUGUCCAUCUUGGAUGCCCCACCUCCAGCUGGACCCCCACUCUCCGAGGUGGCCCCUGUCCACCCCAUGGACCUCCUGGUCUCUCCCAAGGUGGAUUGGCCUCUUCCACCACUGAUAAAUCUCCUUGUCCAGGACUCAGGGGACACGGGGAUGGGGCCACCAGGGGUGGCCAUGUCACACCAGAGGGUCCCAGCCUACCUGUGUCCCUGCGCCUCGAGGAACGUCCUGUGGGUGAUCGAGGGGACCUCCUGCGACCUGCCCUGGCAGGCUGCCCUCUUCAAAGGCGAGAAGUUCAUCUGCGGGGGGACACUGGUGGACAGGAACUGGGUGGUGACGGCCGCCCACUGCCACGUCCCAGGACCCCACAUACACAGACCCCCCACCAACCCUGAUGUCUUUGGCUUCAUCAGCUUCAUCAGCGUGCGGCUGGGGGGCCCGAGCCACAAGGACUCAGGUGGCACCGAGCAGUGGCGGCGCUCGGCCAAGGUCUUCAAAUACCCACGCUACAAUGAGACCAACAAGGACGGCGACCUGAUGCUCAUCAAGUUCUUCUUGCCCAUCCACGUCAACAAGCAGGUGAAGCCGCUGCCGCUGGCCUCCCACUGCCCCGUGCCCGGCAAGACCUGCCAGAUCUCGGGCUGGGGGUCCACCACCAGCCCUGAAGGUAUGAAACCGGUUACCUGA